CGAUUUUUAAGCCAUAUGAUGAUUCUUGAAUUGUUCAAAAAAAAAAAUAGUAAUACUCAAGCAAUUUAUUUUAAAUUUAGUUAUUCCAACGAUUGUGUUGAUUGUCAACGAUUACAAGCGCGAUUAGAAGCUGUUGGAGCUAAAGUAAAAAAUCGUGCAAAUAUUGCUCGGAUAAAUCGAUUAACAACAGGAGCAUCAACAGCGAGAAGAUUCGAAGUUUAUAAUGUUCCAGCUUUUAUUUUAUUCAAACAAGGGAAAAUGUAUAGAUAUCACAUUCAAGUGUACGAUGUUGCGUCUUUCGUUUCAUUCAUUACUGAAUGGUACAAAAAUGUUACCCCGGAGAAAGUUCCUUUACCAAAAACUCCAUUCGAUGAUUUAACAUCAUUGAUUGCGGUUUAUAUCAAGGAAAACAGUUGGUUAGUUUACGUUGGGAUUGGAACGUUUUUAAUGGGAGUUAUUGUCGCUUUGUUCUCUAAAAAGGGACAAGAAACUCAACAACAAAAGAAGAGUAAAGAGAAACCAAAAGCAAAAAAGGAUAAAUAAAGCUAGAUUUGUUUUAAAGUGCUUAUUAAGUACUAAUCGAAGUAAUGGUGUUUUAAUAAAACUAAAUAAAUAUACAUUCCUAGUGAUAAAAAGGUUUAAAUGAAUAAACUAUUAAUUUCA